CCUCCUCACAAAGUGCCCUCCUUCGGAGUUGAGGCUCCUCACAGCUCCCCCUCCUCCUCAGAGUGGAUCCUCCUCAGCUCUUCCUCUGAGCUCCUUUGCCUCCUAUCCUCGUGGGGCUCCGGACACCUCUUGUCUCCUCUGCUGGGCUUCAGAACGCAUCGCAUCGGCGUCGGUGUCUGAGGAAGGUGUUUCCAGAAGAGUCUGGGAGGCAGUGAAGCGGCCAUGGGUCUGCUGGCUGGAGAGAACCUGUGGCCUGCGCUCAUCUUCACGGCCAUCUUCCUGCUUCUGCUGGACCUGAUGCACCGGCCCAAGUUCUGGACCUCCCGCUACCCUCCAGGCCCCAUGCCACUCCCUGGGCUGGGAAACCUGCUUCAGCUGGACUUCGAGAACAUGCCAUAUACCAUGUCCAAGCUUCGACAGCGCUAUGGUGACGUGUUCAGCCUGCAGAUGGCCUGGAAGCCUGUGGUUGUGAUCAAUGGACUGAAGGCCGUGCGGGAAGUGCUGGUGACCUGUGGAGAGGACACUUCUGACCGCCCUCCAGUGCCCAUCUACAAUCACCUGGGCUAUGGGCCCAAAUCAAAAGGUGUCGUUUUUGCACCGUAUGGGCCCGAGUGGCGAGAGCAGCGGAGAUUCUCUGUGUCCACCCUGCGUGACUUCGGCCUGGGCAGGAAGUCUCUGGAGCAGUGGGUGACAGAGGAGGCUGGCCACCUCUGUGACGCCUUCAUCCAGGAGGCUGAACACCCCUUCAACCCCAGCACCCUGCUGAGUAAAGCUGUGAGCAAUGUGAUUGCGUCCCUCGUUUAUGCCCGUCGCUAUGACUAUGAAGACCCUUUCUUCAACUGGAUGCUCAAAACCCUGAAGGAAAGUUUUGGAGAGGACACUGGCUUCAUUGGCGAGGUGCUGAAUGCACUCCCAAUGCUCCUUCGAAUCCCUGGGCUGCCUCAAAAAGCUUUCCCCAAGGUGAAUUCAUUCAUAGCCUCACUGGAUACAAUGUUGACUGAGCACAAGACAACCUGGGAUCCUACCAAGCCACCCCGAGAUUUGACUGAUGCCUUCCUGGCUGAGGUGGAGAAGGCCAAGGGGAAUCCUGAGAGCAGCUUCAAUGAAAGGAACCUGCGCAUAGUGGUGGCCGACCUGUUCACGGCGGGGAUGGUGACCACGUCAACCACACUGUCCUGGGCCCUGCUGCUCAUGAUCCUGCACCCGGAUGUGCAGCGUGAGCCUGGCUGGCUUGUGAGGGAGGGUCGAGUGCAACAGGAGAUCGAUGAAGUCAUAGGGCAGGCGCGGCGUCCAGAGAUGGCUGACCAGGCCCACAUGCCCUACACCAAUGCUGUGGUCCAUGAGGUGCAGCGCUUUGCGGACAUCGCCCCAAUGAAUUUGCCACACCUGACCUCUCGUGACAUCGAAGUGCAGGGCUUCCGCAUCCCCAAGGGGACCACCCUCAUCCCCAACCUGUCCUCCGUGCUGAAGGACGAGACUGUGUGGGAGAAGCCUCUCCAGUUCCAUCCUGAACACUUCCUGGAUGCUCAGGGCCACUUUGUGAAGCAUGAGGCCUUCAUGCCAUUCUCAGCAGGCCGCCGAGUAUGCCUGGGGGAGCCCCUGGCCCGCAUGGAGCUCUUCCUGUUCUUCACCUGCCUCCUGCAGCGCUUUAGCUUCUCGGUGCCUGAGGGACAGCCCCAGCCCAGUGAUUAUGGCAUCUUCACAUUGCCAGUUACUCCAAAGCCCUACCAACUCUGUGCAGUCGUGCGCUAGCAGGGCCAGUAGCUCCCUCCUGCCCCCAGAUUGGGCUGAUUCAUGUUCAAUAAACAAGUUCUGUAGCCUCAA